CCCAACCUCAUGGUUCCUAGUUGGAUUCGUUUCUGCGGUACCACGACCGGAAUUCUGAAUCUUUCAUAUUUUUAAACAACAGCAACACAUGUAUAUCCUGUAUGAGAAGUGACGUGCAUUUUGCUGUGUUGGAUAUGACAUGGAAUCUUAGGAAGGUCCUGGGGUGGUGUGAGGAAUCUGGAAAGGCCAGGGGGCAAGUACUCUUGCAGAGACCUGUCCUCACCUCCCAGCUCCUCUGAGAGCAAGUCUGCAGCAGGCAAGGCCUGCAUGGCCAGCCUCGCCCACAGCAGUGGGGCCUCUCUGGAUUUCUGUAUCCCACAUUUAAACAAAGCCCUGAGGGAUGCCUGUCCAGCAGGCUGAGCCACCAAAGCUCUGGGAUCAGGUGAAACAAAAGCAGAGGGAAAGCAGAGUGCUGACAGAGCCAGAGGCCAUCAGCCACAGAGCUAUAAAAAGCAGAGCCGUAGAGGAAGUGGCACCAGAUGGAGACCCAGACUUUGCAGCAGGAGCUGGGUGAGUAAGGCCCUGAGGGGUGCUCUGGUCCUUCUUUCCUUCCCUUGCAGAGGCAUGCCCAGAAGGGGGCCCCGUUUUCCUGCCCUGUAGUCACGGCUUCUUAGGAUAGCUGGAGAAGACUGGGGAACUCUGGGGGAGGCAGGCUUCUCUUGCCACCCCAAAAGGAGUUACUUACAGGACAAUGACCACUGCCCUAGCCAUCAUAGCUGGGAGGGGACAUGGAGCCUCAAGAAAUGACCAGCUCCUGGGGCAUAGGGAGAAGUGGGGGUGAGCAAGAGCUAGGAAACGCUUAUUUGGAGGUUCAGGAUGGAAAGAUCUGUCAGAGUUUACAUGCAUCAGUCUCUGGGCCAAUACCAGCCAGAGCCAAAGGCCAUGAAUGGCUGUUGAGAAAACUGAUGUACACCUGCCUGUCUUCUUUCUGCCCUGCCUCCCGCCCCCCUUCCCCCUGUUCUUCCUUCCUUUACCUUUCCUAUCAUCUUUUCUGUCUACCUCACCCCUCUGAGCCUCAGUACCCUCAUCUGUAAAAUGAAGGUAAUGACAGUACUUACCUAAUAGGCUCAUUGGGAAGAUUAAAUGUAUGAAUGCAUAUAAAGCAUAUAGAACAGGGCCUGGAAGAGAGUGAGCCAUCGUUCAGUGGUAGCUAUUGCUGUCAUCCUCUUUUCUUCCUCACUUUCCAUCAAUAGGUCUUUUUCAGUGCCACCCAUUCCCCUUCUCAAGCCCUCACCACUGCGACAUGUGCUCAGCAACCACUCAGGAGAUCCCGGCCCUGCCUUUGAGAUGUUCACCCAGGACAUAUUCAAUAGGAACACAGAUCAGUACUGUGAUGAGUGCUGAAAGUAGGAAAGAAAGCAAGCCGCCAUAGGCGGGGAAGGCAGCAAAGGUUCAGGAGGCAAGACCAAGGCUGGUUAGGUCUAGAAGAGAAGUAGGGUGGGAAUGUAGCAUGACCACGCACAGCCGGUCAAUUUGAGGGCUUUGAGGAGCCAGGUGAGAGUGAGACCAUGCACUGGCAAUAUGAGGGGUCAGAUGGUCACCAAGGAGUUUCUAUUGGGGUACGUGAGACUGAGGCAAUGCUGCCACCUGUAGUGGGUGCCUGGAGGCAGGCAAGAGGCUGAGAACUGCAUUUAUCAAGUGGUCAUCAUGCCUGUGCAAUGCCUUCGCUGCGUUAUUGCUACUAAUCCUUGUAAUAACUCUGCGGGUAGAAGCUUUAACAAUGGAAAACAACUGAGGCUCAGCUAGUGACAGGCAGGGCCAGGAUCCCAACCAAAGUCUAUUUAUUGGACUUCAAGCCUCUUUUACUUUCUCCUGUGCUCCUCAUCCCCCACCCCAGAGGCCAUGUCAUUGGUGUGUUUUCUGUCUUCCAGAAUCCCUUCCAACCACCAAGAUGGCUCAAACUAACCCCAUGCCGGGGUCUGUGGGGCCAUGGAAGAUAACCAUCUAUGACCAGGAGAACUUCCAGGGCAAGAGGAUGGAGUUCACCAGCUCCUGCCCAAAUGUCUCUGAGCGCAGUUUUGAUAAUGUUCGGUCACUCAAGGUGGAGUGUGGCGCCUGGGUUGGUUAUGAACAUACCAGCUUCUGUGGGCAACAAUUUGUCCUGGAGAGAGGAGAGUACCCUCGCUGGGAUGCCUGGAGCGGGAGUAAUGCCUACCACAUUGAGCGACUCAUGUCCUUCCGCCCCAUCUGUUCUGCUAAUCAUAAGGAGUCUAAGAUUACCAUCUUUGAGAAAGAAAACUUUAUUGGACGCCAGUGGGAAAUCUGUGACGACUACCCCUCCUUGCAAGCCAUGGGUUGGUUCAACAACGAAGUUGGUUCCAUGAAGAUACAAUGUGGAGCCUGGGUUUGCUACCAGUAUCCUGGAUAUCGUGGCUAUCAGUAUAUCUUGGAAUGUGACCAUCAUGGAGGAGACUAUAAACACUGGAGAGAGUGGGGUUCUCAUGCCCAGACUUCCCAGAUUCAAUCGAUUCGCCGUAUCCAACAGUAGUGGAUUAAAAGCUCCAAGUAAGAAUUCCUCAGGCAUGAGACCUUGCUAAGUAAUCUAGAAUGAGUUUUAUGUUCUGCUCAGACAUUGCUUCCAAAUGUUAGCUGCCGAUAUCCACAAUAAAUGUCAUUAAAAAAAAAA